AUGCCUACUCAAGAAGAGACAAAGAAUCUCGAGGUCAUCGGGGAGUACUUCGCCGAGUUUUGGGGCAAAGGCAACCCCGAUAUCGUCGAUAAGCUUUGCGCUGAUAACUUCGUUAUCAACUACCCGAUGCACGGUCCUCGAUAUGGAAAGGAGAAUGCUAAGAAGAUGCUCUCAGAGUUCAAGGAGGCAUUUCCCGACAUCUCAUUCCAUGCCUACCAACAUCCCUUGAUCGCAAGCGGGCCUUAUGUGGUCGGGCGUUGGAUCGGAGGCGGCACUCACACUGGAGGUGCUUUUGACGACCUUGCGGUCGGUGCGUUGGAACGCCCGAAUACGGGAAAGAAAAUCUAUUUCUCCGGCACAACCAUCUUCACCCUCAAGGAUGGCCUCAUUGUGGAUGAGACUGGCGAGGAGAGUGCUCUCACUGCUCUUCAGCAGCUAGGCUUGGUUCAGGAGCCGAAUCCUGGAAAGGAGGUCAAGUAUCUCCAUGAGUAA